AAACACCAAAGAAGAAGAAGCAGCAGGUCCCGCCUCUGUACUUCCGGCUAACUUAAAAACAAACAAAGCGCGAAAUUUUGAACCAAGUGAGCAGACGGGCGUCCGAGUUUAACUAUUUUAACAAGCAUCUCUUCACGCGUUCUAAACAUGGCAUCAAUCAAGGAUUUCAACUCAACUCUUAGUUUUGCCCAGGCAAGGGAUGACGUAUACAACACAGUGAUGAAAGAGUACACGGAUAAUGUUGUUUUGCAGACUCAGUUUCACAGGCAGUUCCUCAAACAGUUUCGAGAUGACUGUAUCAAGAAAUCUGCGAACAAAGACCUACUAGCUGAGAACAUAGGGGUAUGGACGAAAGGGUUGCAGCACAAUUAUGCAUUAGAGAAGGAGGUAAAGCACACCAUGACAGAAAUUACAGCUGAGAUUAAGCAGAAGCAAAUGAAGAUAAACAUGAUCCGCCAGGAGAUUGAGAAGCUUCAUGAACAAGCCAAGAGUAAAGAGUUAAUGAAGUCCCAAUAUAAAGCAAAUAAGGACCGGUUAAAUAACCUGCAGAAAGUCCGACUCGUAUUUCAGGAUCAGUUGCAGAUGGAAUUGCGAACAAUUCAUGAUGCAAAGUUCCAGUUUGUGUUUCGGGGGAUCGGCCCAGAUGAUAACCGUCCAUACAUCAUCACAAUGGGAAUCAACAACGACAGAUCAUAUCUGAUUUUCUCGUGCCAGCCUUCCAUCGAGUGUUUGCCGGACUUGGAGAGACAACUUCAAGAGACCAAGAACCUGGCAGUUUUCCUGUCGAACGUGAGGCUGCAGUUUGUUUCCCAAGCUCACAAGAUGUAAUUAAUAUUAAAAAAAAAAAUACACAAAUAGGAUUUUUUUUUUUUUUUUUUUU